CGAACGAACUCGGAUAGCCAUCCCUAGGUAGUUGCUUGUUGUUCACGCGUAUGAAGAGUUCACAUCAUUACAUUAUUUAAGUGUAAAUUAUUGUGAUUAUAAGCAGUAUCGGAAGCAACACGUCAUGGAAUGACAAACAGCUGUCAACACAACAUCAGAACGUCACACGAUAAAGUAACAAAAUGGCGGCAUCUGAGGAAGAUUACAAAUAUUUGAAACGAACAGGAACUGCAGGGGUACGCGGUCACUUGUAUGAGACUAAACUACUUAGCCUGAUAUACUUCAGAUUAUUGCACGACGAUGAUAUCGAAGAGUUCUACCUAGGCACAAACGUAGACAAGCUAGGCUCAUUCGAUGACAUAUGUUUUAGAGCUAAAAUAAAAGGCUGUGCUCAGCCACUCGCAGUUUUCAUUCAAGCCAAACACAAAGACAACAACUCGGUUUUAACAUUAAACAGUGGAGCUGAAAUGGAAAAGCAUUUCCAAAGUUUCUUGGAAAUAAGAAAAAAACUCCAACCUGGAAGUAAGGAUAAGCUUUUCGAAGCGACAACCGAUAAAACACAAUGCCUGUGUAUUAUUUACACAACGGCAAAUGGUGAUAAAUCCUCUACAGUGUAUGAAGGUGCGAAUGCUGAAAAACUGAAUGAUUUGAUAGCAACGGCUGCUGGAGCCACCAAACCGGCCCAUCAUAGGCGCGAUAUAGAUCGUUUAUGUACAACAUAUUUGGAAUACCAAAUGCGCGCAUUCGCUCGUAAAAUGGCAAAGUGCACCCACGGUGAGAUGAAAGAUUACCAGGAGCUGUCGACUGACGACCACGUUCUGCAGUACCACGUCAUUAUAGCCAAGAUUUUUUUUAACAUUUCCGACGAGCAGAUUAACGGUUUUCGCACCGCGAAUUUUAAAGAGGAUUUCUUAGACGAAAAGGGAGAACGUUUUUUGUUGACACAUUUUCAAGAAGAACUGUUUACUGAGAUAAUCAAAAGGCAAAAAUCUGCCGCAACAUGCGCGGGACUUGAUGACUGCACCUUCGUUGUCGAUGACAAAGAUAAAGUCAAGGAUGAAGACAUUGCAGCGAUGUACCACCACAUCGCGAGUAGUAUUAUUUAUAAAACAAAAAGAUUCGAAUUCAUUCACGCAACAUCUUCGGAAAAGCACAAUUUAAUACUGAACAAAAUCAACUCGACACUACACAACAGAAAUAUAGCAUUGAAAACAGCUCUUUUGAAAUAUUUGCCGCCAAAUGAAUUCGAAUUUAAAGUACCGGCGUGGUUCGGCAAUAAAGACUUAACAUUGCAAGGUGAUGACAAGAAACAAGAAAAAAAACUGAAUGAUUUAACAUCCAAAAUCGUCGGGUUAUUAAGGAAAUCAUGCGGUGACCGCGAUCCUGUCGCCACUUUAGCCGAAUUAUUUCAAACGCUGGAAAAAGAUUCUUCCUUACCGCUUCUGGCCGACUUUCUCGUACUCGACAGUCUACCAGGACUUGUCGUGAGCGCCACAAUAGAUGAGUCUAUGGGUAAAGGAUUUCUUCAACUCAGUGGCGGCAUAGCAUCAGCUGUUGGAAAUUUACUAGUUCAACAUCCUCUUAGCGAUAAGCUCACCUUCACAACUGAAUACGAUUCAUUAGGUCCACUUGCUAAAAGAUUAUACGACAAAUUACAAGCCGAACUCAAAAAUCUGACAUUAUACGCAUUUUACGUAGAUGUAAAACAUGCAUUUCCGAAACUUUCAAUGAUUCACGAUUGUCCUACUUCUUACUCUUCUUACUUUAAAACAUAUCCUGAUUUUUUUUUCAAUAGCUUAUUAUUUUACACUUCACAACUCGAUGAAAAAAAAGUAGAAGAAACAUUAAUUUACGAGAUAAGUCAGCAUUUACCUGAUGACGUGCACAAUGAAGAGAUUACAUCCAACGCCAUAUAUCUCAAGUAUCAUGAUAACAUCCAGAAGUGGUGGAUGUCCAAAGGCGGGACGUAUCUGUCGAAGACUGGGACUUUAUACAAAGAUGCUGUAGAGCAUACCACAGGCCUUCCCCUGACGAGCGUCAUGAACAUGAUGGAGACAUUGAAAAACAAACAUUAUGACUUUAACGAGAACGCUAUUCGUUCUAUUACACUGGCACAGCAGCCAGCUCAAACUAUUAUAUUAACGGACAGCACCUCACUGACCAUUGCUAAGCUCGCAAAACAACUCAAUUAUAAAAACUUCAUAGUAUUGGAUUUGAAAUACAUCCUGAAUCUAGUAGCAAAAGAUGACAAAGCGUUACGUGAAGAACUAACAAAUUUGAAAGAGUCCAUAACAAUAAUAAUGGAUUUAAGUUAUUUACUGCAGAAGAAAAACUGUUUGCGCUCACAGAGGAAAUUCCAGGAACUUGUGAAAUCCAUUCAGAGACACAAAAACGUAAUAGUCGCAGACCAAGAAUCUAUCUACUUAGUUGAGAAAUAUUUCCCAAAUUCAAAUAAUGUGGUGAAGGAUACAACAAAUAAUCUAAUUGACAUGAGUGAGGAAUCUCGAACACAUGUAUUGGAGAACACACAAGUGAUGUUCCUCGGUAAUGAAGUAACUCUAUCUCAAGUAAUAGAUAACAAGUCAAUUGCAUACGUAGUAGGAAGUGUGAUUAAUAAGCUAAUGCUGGGCGAUUUACAAACACUUACAAUAGGAAAGUCGGUACACAACUCAAAUUACAAAAAAGAAAUGUACCUGGACCGGACACUGGAGGAUGUGGAAAUACAAGAUCGGAAUGAAGAAAUUGAAUCUUCUAUUGAUCAAAAACCUUCGAUAACUGCAUCUUCUACUGAUCAAAAACCAUCGAUAAUUGCAUCUUCUACUGAUCAAAAACCAUCGAUAAUUGCAUCUUCUACUGAUCAACAACAUUCGAUAACUGCAAGUUCUUCUGAUGGAAAAUAUUCAAUGAUUGAAUAUUCUAGUGAUCAAAAACGGUUGAUCAGAAGAAGACGGGACUUAUUUUUUGGUACUCCGUCUCAACCGAGUAAAAAAGGUAUGAUUCGGAUUCGGACGCGCAAAUAUAUCGACAACAAGCUCAAAGUACUAGUUGGUGAUGCUGGAAUAGGGAAAUCCACUUUCCUGACUCACUUGUCACAUGAAGCAACGAAAGAACAGCAGGAUUCAUGGGUACUGAGGAUAAAUUUAAUACAACAUUGUCAGCAAUUCUCUGAGUGGCAGGAUAGCAAAAAGAGGAUCGAUAUUUUAGAGAGUCUCAAAUUCUUGUGCCAAGUAGCUCUCAGCAAGAAUCAUAACAACCAUGAAGAAAGCGGUCAAGUGAAAAUAGCACUUGAACAAUGUGACGGAUUGUUUCAUCUAAAAGAUUGCUCAGCUGAUGACUGGACAGUUUUCGAACUGAACAUGUUUCUGCAUUAUUAUAAUACAAAACGAGUGCUAAUCCUUCUAGAUGGCUUUGACGAAAUAUGUCCAAUGUAUGAAACUGAAGUGACUGCAUUCAUAAACACACUACUUAGUGAAGACUGGCAGCCUCGCGGCCAUAAAAUGUGGAUCACGAGCAGAACUGUUGGCAAUUUAGAUUCAUCCAUAGGCCUGACAACAGGCAUGGUUUAUAAACUAAAACCACUAAGUGGCCAUGAUCAGGACGACUAUCUUAUAAGUUAUUGGGAUGAAAAGGGUCUGUUAAAGGAUCUUAACGAUCAGCAGUUUCGAAACAUCCAUGACUUCGUUCGCAGUGAUGAUGUGUAUAUAUUGGUCAAGAAAGUCGAUAGCCAUGAUGGCCCAAGAAAGGAAAUAGUUUUUCUCUCUGUUUAUUUAAGCUUGGUCCGCUAUUUAGCUUCAAGACUCGACAAACCAAAAUUUCGACAUUUCGAAUUACACGAAGUUGUAAUUGAAAGUCUCAAGGUACUCGCCAAAUCUAUGUCGAAAAUGAAGAUCGACAAUUUCAUCUCUGUUCCCUUACACUUGAACAUGAUAGCGGAUUACUUGUUCAAUAAAAUACGAGAGACUGACAAAAUACCAAAUACCUGGGAUUUAAACAUGAACCUUUUUGACAUAUACGAAGGUUUCUUAAAAACCAAACUGAAAAUACGAGUUCAAGAGAAAAACAAAAAUGAUCUGUUCACCCCCGAUAACAAAGCUGAUUUCGAAGAAAAGUAUGCGAAGUAUAUGGAAACACAUAAAAAGUUGGGCGCAUACGCAGUGUUCAGUAAAACUAAUACUCUUCAAGUGAUCUUCAUGCAACAGAAUGAAGAUCAGUUGAAGAGUAUUGUGGAAAUGGUUAAAGACCUGAAGCAGGACUUUUUGAAAACAGGAGUUAUAACGAACGUAGUCAACAAUGUACCAGUGUUCAUACACGCGACGUUUGCAGAUUAUUUUGCCGUCGAAUAUAUUUGUGAUCUAUUCAAAACUGACUUAGAUCGGCCUUUCAUAUGGAAUUUUAUAUUAAAUGUGAUGUUUUUCAGUGGCAAUGUAGGAGUCCUCACAUUAUUCGAUGCUAAAAUGAAAACGAACGAAGAACUAGUUGCCCUUUUCAAAGUUGACAACGAAGUCGUAUGUGAUAUAUUGUUGAAUCAAAAUGUAAAUGGAGAUAUCAGGUCUUCGAUAGCUGAAGCAGUAAAGCACAACCUGCGUGCCAUAGGAGUGUUCUUGUGUUCUGCAGUUGCAGACAAUCUUACCGAUACUAGGCUGAUGGAUUUCAUAAAAAUCGUUAAAGAUACAAACAUUAUAAUAACGGCCAUUAAAAUGGAAUUUGAAGAAGUAAUUGUAGAAAUUGUAAAUCUUGUGAAAGUGAUGGAUUCGUCGAAAUUAGUUGAAUUGUUUGAAAAGUUUGAUUUUAUUGAAAACAUUGAGAACAUAACUACUGACGAACUGAUACAAUUGUUACACAAGCAUGUGUGGAAUCGCAUGGAAAUAGAAUACGAUUGGAGUUUCGUUCGUGAGUUUCUUGGUCAAAUACAAUUUAUAUAGGCAGUGGAAACUAAACAUCAGGUUAGACUGGAAGCCGACCCCAACAUAGUUGGGAAAAAGGCUCGGAGGAUGAUGAUGAUGCUUAUGUAUAAGCCACACUUGUAACUAUGUAUGUAAGAAAAUCUUGGAAUCUUAAUUUGACCCACUUCCCGGUCUUCGAUUAAGAUAAAAUUUUGCACACGCCCUGAGUUCUGAUGACAAUACAGGAUAAGCGUUUUUUUUAGUUCUUUCUGUAUCUCUUUUCUAUUCUAACUCUCCCAUAACGGGCCUGCUGGAAGAAAUUUCUUGUGAGAUAAGCUGUGCCCUUGUACAAUUUUUUUCUAUUAUUUAUUUUUGUCUUUGUUUAAUAAAAAUAAAUAAAGGUAUAUUAACAUUUACAAACGAAU